AUGUCGCGACACGAAUCGACUCGUUCAUCUUUCUCGUCCGACGAUGUGGACUCCUCCGACGACCACGGCGCAUCCAUGCACCAGGACGAUCCCGCCGCAUUGGAGAAGCAGACCACGGCGGCCUCAGGAUUGUCGGCCUUGGAGAACCGCGCGCAUUCGGUGAUUUCGCGCAUUCGCAGUCGUGAUCCGGGGCAAAUUGCCCGCUUUACGCAUCCGCUCUCGCAUACGAAAACCUCCGAGGAUGUGAUUGUCGAUUUUGAUGGGCAGGAUGAUCCGUAUCGGCCGAUGAAUUGGAGUUUUCGCAAGAAGGCGAUUACGACGGUGUUGUAUGGGUUGACUACCAUGGGUGCGACGUGGGCUAGUUCGAUGUAUUUAUUGACGCCGCGCAGUUUCUCGACGGGCACCAAACAGGUUGAUGCGGAGUUUCAUGUGGGCGAGGAGGUCGGCACACUGGGUACCACGCUGCUAUUGUUCGGAUUCGGAUUGGGCCCUCUGGUCUGGGCUCCGUUAUCGGAGGUAUAUGGACGCAAACCGGCCGUACUGGCGCCCUACUUCAUCGCGGCGAUUUUCUCAUUCGCCACGGCCACAGCCAAGGAUCUUCAAACCGUCAUGCUGACCCGCUUCUUCUGCGGCUUCUUUGGCUCCGCACCGGUGACCAACACCGGCGGUGUGCUCAGCGACAUCUGGACCGCCGAACAGCGCGGCGCCGCCAUCGUCGGCUACGCCAUGGCCGUGGUAGGCGGGCCCGUACUCGGUCCCAUCGUCGGCGGCGCCAUCUGCGAGAGUUACCUGGGCUGGCGCUGGACCGAAUACAUCACGGGGAUCAUGAUGAUGCUGUUCCUCCUUCUCGACCUCACCUUUCUCGACGAAAGCUACCCCCCCGUCCUCCUCGUCUACAAGGCCCAACGUCUCCGCUUCGAAACCGGCAACUGGGCCCUCCACGCCCGCCACGAAGAAUGGGACGUCACCCUCAAAGAACUCGGCAACAAGUACCUCAUCCGUCCCUUUGCCCUCCUCAGCACCCCCAUCUGCUUCCUCGUCGCCAUCUACGCUUCCUUCGUCUACGGCAUCCUCUACCUCAGUCUCGCCGCCUUCCCCAUUGAAUUCCAAGAAGUCCGCGGCUGGAACCAAGUCGUCGGCGCUCUGCCCUUCCUCGCUUACCUCGUCGGUAUCCUCUUCGGCGCGUGCAUCAACCUCCUCAAUCAGAAAUUCUACAUCGCCCGUUUCAAAGCGAACAAUAACUUCCCCGUCCCGGAAGCCCGUCUACCCCCGAUGAUGCUCGGGUCGGUGUUCUUCGCCGCGGGCCUCUUCAUCUUCGGCUGGACCAGCCCGCCUCAUCUUCCCUGGAUCGCCCCGAUCAUCGGGGCCGUCUGCAUCGGGUUCGGUUUUUUUACCAUCUUCCAGGCCGCCUUGAACUACCUCAUCGAUACCUUUCAGAAGGUUUCCGCGAGUGCCGUCGCCGCGAACACUUUCCUCCGGAGUCUGUUUGCGGGCUGCUUCCCGCUGUUCGCGAAUAUCAUGUUCCAUCGUCUCGGCGUGGACUGGGCGUCUAGUGUAUUGGGCUUCGUGGCUGUUGCAUUGAUUCCCAUCCCGUAUUUGUUUUAUGUUUUUGGGAAGCGCAUUCGUGCGAGGGGGAAGUGGUCCCGUGCUUCGGUGUAUGGGUAUUGA